UUAAUUUUGGUAGUUGUGCCAUAAAUUUAUGAUCUUAAUUAUACAUACUGGUGUUGUAAAUAAAAGGAGUUCCUCAUACUAACGAUGACCUCCUUCAGAAAGUAUAUCGAUAACACCACAGCUCAUGGAGUGGUGAGGAUAUUCUCAGGCAAGUCAGUCAUCAGGAGGCUCUUCUGGCUGGUCAUAGUCCUAGGAGCUACUGUAGGAUGUCUAAACAAUAUCAUUGACCGAAUAAUCUAUCUUGCUGGAGGUCCCACUGCUACUACGUUAUCACUGGAGAGACAAGUAAACCUCACCUUUCCAGCUGUCACUGUAUGCAAUCUCAACCAGUACCGUAAAGAUGUUGUUGACGCCAUCCACCCCGAGCUCAGUGAACAUCUACGAGGAGUAUUUUAUACAGACCCCGAAGAUGUAGACGAAACACUAACCUGUUCUUAUGUUCUUAGCAGCAUAUCAGAAAGAGCCAAUCUUACUGAUCUCACUCUAACAGACCUUUCUUAUAUGGCAAGAGAUCCGAUCGAAUAUUUCAUCACUGCAUGCUAUUUUUCUGGACGGAGGUGUUCACAUAGUGACUUCACUACAGUUUUAACCGACAGUGGAUACUGCUAUACAUUUAACAGCUACAAACGUGAACCAUCACUGAUUACAGCUACCAACACUGGAGGGAAGGCUGGUCUGUCUGUAGCAUUGAACAUCAACCAAUCGCAAUAUGUUUCCUCGAGCAGUUUUGAUGCUGGAGUCAAGGUGGUUGUCCACACACAAAAUGAGCCCCCAAGGCCUGAAAGCACUGGUGUAGGAGUGCCUCCAGGAUCAAACGCAUUUAUUGGAAUUCGACAAAGAAGCAUUAUUGAUAAUACCCAGAGACAAUGCAUUGAUGCUAAUAUAAACAGCUACAACAACUUCACCUUCCUAACUGAUGACUACUCUAUUGGUGCGUGCGAUUACGAUUGUCUACUGAUAAGAGUCGCUGAAGAAUGCAAUUGCACAUACAUCCCCCCUCAGAAUAAUAAUUUCCCAACACUGCCCAGCUGCACUCUCUCUGAUAUAUGUUGUGUAGUGCAGCAACAGCGGUCAAAUAUUGACUGUGGUUGUAAAGCGACAUGCAGCACAACCGACUAUGAAGUGUACAACAGUUAUUCUGCUUUUCCUGCUAUGUACGCUGAAGAAGAUUUUGAAGAGUUGUUUCAAACAACACUUGAUGCCAAGUCUAACUUGCUCUCAGUGAAUGUUUAUUUCGAAACAUUGAACGUUGAGAUGCAAACCACUAGUAAUGCAUACGGUGCUGUAGCACUAUUGUCCGACAUUGGAGGGCAGCUGGGGUUGUUCCUAGGAGUGAGUGUCAUUUCUAUCAUGGAGUUUGGUACUUGGAUUGUAGACGAAGUCAAGAAUCGACUGUUUGGAGACAAAUUUAAGGAAAGGAAGCUCUGUGGAUACUGCAAAACAUCUAAAACUGAUGGUGAAGAACAUAAACUACCCCAAGAAAAUAAACUACCUGACGAGUAUGUAGAAGAUAAAUGCUAGUUGCUGGUAUUAAUCUUUGUCAAUUAUUUAACUCUUCUAAAUAUGUUUUGUGUUCUAUUUAUGAUAUAAUUAUGUACAUAUAUAUAAUUAUAGUUACGAUGAAUGUUGCAAGCUGUGUUGUGCUAA